AGUCAGCUUAGCUUGUUAGCUGCUAACAAAGAGACGCGGAUUUGAUCAACACAUCGCUUAGUUAAGAUCAAGUGUGAGUGUAAAGUGUUGUGAUUGUGUGAAAAUGUGUGAAAGAACGAUAGCAGAGUACAAAGAGGAACUUUCUCGGACAAAAGAAGAAAACAAAAGACUACGUCAACUACUGGACGCUGUUUUCAAGAAACCUCAAGUUGUGUUACACAUAACAGACGUCUGUGAAAAAUAUCGUCCACCUGAGCAGCAGGAGGGGUCCUCCAGCAUGGAGCAGAAGAGGUCACAGCACCUCCACGUGAAAGAAGAGGAGCCACAGUCCCCCCACUUUAAGGAUGAAGAAAAAAAGCGACUGUCCCCCCACUUCAUAGAAAAAGACAAGAGACACCUCAUCAGUGUGAAGAGUGAAGAUGAUGAGGUCAAAAUUGAAAGUGAGAAGAAGAGAGAGGCGGAGCCUCCAAGCAGCAGCUCAACACAACACAUGACAACAGAAGCUGAUGGAGACCACUGUGGAGGAUCACAAGCAGACAAGAUCUUAGCUCCACUAUCAGAUAGUGAGGACACAACGUCACACUCUCCUGACACUGAUGAUGAACACUCUAAAGAUGAUGCAACAUGUCACACUGACAACACUCACUUCACAUGUUCUCACUGUCACAAAACUUUUAAAUACCAUAGUUCUCUGAAAAGACACAUGAGAACACACACUGGAGAAAAACCAUUUUCAUGUUCAGAAUGUGGUAAAAGUUUUUUCAGAAAUCACAUUUUAAAAGCACACAUGAGAACACACACUGGAGAAAAACCUUUUUCAUGUUCAAUCUGCGGUAAAGAUAUUACUCGAGUGGACCAUUUCAAAACACACAUGAAAAUACACACUGGAGAAAAACCUUUUUCCUGCUCAGAAUGUGGUAAAAGUUUUAUAAUAAAUAAAAGGUUAAAAGAACACAUGAGAAUGCACACUGGAGAAAAACCUUUUUCCUGCUCAGAAUGUGGUAAAAGUUUUGUACUAAAUCAACAUUUCAAAAGACACAUGAGAAGACACACUGGAGAAAAACCUUUUUCCUGCUCAGAAUGUGGUAAAAGUUUUGUAGUAAAUGAAUGUUUAAAAGUUCACAUGAGAACACACACUGGUGAAAAACCUUUUUCAUGUUCAAUCUGCGGUAAAGAUUUUAGUCGAAGGCACCAUUUAAAAUCACACAAGAGAACCCACACUGGUGAGAAACCUUUCACAUGUUCAAUCUGCAACAGAAGCUUUUGUGACCAAUCAAACCUUGUAGCGCACAUGAGAAGACACCCAGGAGAGAAAGUGUUGAGUUGCAGUGUGUGUGGUGAAAGAUUCUCCUAUAAGUACCAGUGUAAGAAACACAAGUGUGCUGGUGAGAACAGCAGCAGCAAAUGAAACUGCAGGAUUUGAAAUAAACUGUCAAGACUUUAACUUUGACUUUGUAACAACAUCAGCACAUAUAACAUGUGUGACAUCAUUGUUGUGUGUGUAACACAAUCUUGUUAAUAUGAUUCUAACAUUUAUAGAUUAGACACUUCAGAUUAGUGCUUUUAUUUCAGUCAAGUACAUGAGUUAAUAUACACAUUUGUGUACUUUAAAAUGAACAGAACAAUUGGACUGAAAAGGUGAGAAUAAACAGUACAUAAAAUAUGUUACAUACAAUAAACAUUUUAUGUGUAGAUAUUCAUAAUUCACUGUUAUACUUAUUCAUAAUAGUGUUUUGUAUAUGUUUUUUGAAAUAAUGAUGGGUUCUAUAGAUGAACUCCUUUAUAUGAUGUACAUAUUUGUUUUACAUGUGUUCAUACCUUUGCUUUUGUGUACACAUAAAUCCCUCUUAGUUCAUAUUUACUGGUUCACAUGUGAAACAUCUUCUGGACCACUUCUGGAAGCAUGUUAUUAUUUACUUUAUACAUCAUUUGAACUGUUGAGUUUUAUACAAUUUUAAAAUGUGUGACUUUAUGAAUCAUUAGUUGGGUCUCUAUAAUCCAUUCUAUUAAUUGUCUUUAUUACUGUCUUGUGUAAUAUGAAUAUUGUUGUGUGAUUGUUUUAUAUGUAUGUCUCCAGACCUUUAUGCAAUAAACAAUGUAUGCUUCAACUGAAGUUGAGUACAAUAAUUGUAGUUAAUAUUUGUGGGUAUGUACUUUAUUCUAUUUAUUAUCGCAGUCAAUUUUUUAAAUGUUUUCUUUCUAUGACUUGCAUGUAGUUUCCAGCUUACUUCAUCAUCUAGACUAAGUCAGCCUGGAGGAUGUGUGUAAUGUUGAGAUGUGUUGGAGAUGACUUGCUUUGUUUGGAUGUUGUCAACCUGUCAAUUGUUCUAUUUAAACAUGUUGUCAGAUCUCGCGAGAGAAACAAGCAACCAGCUCUAUGACUUCUUCUUCUUACUGGCAGUUUGCAGCCAUGACUUGAAAGGUUCAUACUGCCACCUACUGGACUGUAGAAUGUAGUGUGGGCCAUAGGACAGAAGGAGGAAAUCCCGUUAAGAACCUGUGGAGGGCAGCAAUACACCUAAGAUAUUCUACUAGUCUGCUGGAUUCACCUGUGAAUAUCAAACUAAGGGACCUUAUCUUCUCAUGUGCUCAAACUGAAAUAGCACUGUUUACUCAAACCUGAUGGUUUGCUUUCUCCCAGAUGAAUAUGAACAUUCACCAAGUGUAGAACAUGAUAUGACUUCAUUAAUACACUUCAUUUUACAUACUCAGGAGUUUGCACUUAACCUGCUCUCUGGAAUAUUCCCCCGGUGACUGUGUGAGUUUUGUGUAAACAUGUUGAUACACUUUGUUACAAACUGAGAGGAACAUCAACCUCUCAUAAAUAUUGUGUGUCUGAAACUGUCUUGGCGUCUUGUCCAGG